AUGAGAGCGGGAUCGCGCUCUCGCUAUGGGACGCACACGCACCUCUUCAAACCUCAGCAACAUCCCAAGGUUACAACCAUUCUACAAAAGAAAACAAUGCAGCCGCUUCUCCGAGCACCCCCUGCCCCCCCGCCCCGACGCGGCCCGACCCGGCCCCCCGGCCCGACUGGGAGCGGGGGAGGCUGCGGGCAGCGGUACCGGCACCGGCACCGGCAGGGCGCGGGGCCGACCUGGGCUGGGAUGGGCGGCGGCACCGCUGCUCCCCGCCUCGCAGGAGCGCUCAGCAGGGCGGCACGGAUCGGGAGGGCGAUUGGAUGUGCCAGUGUGAGCCAUGUGUCGGCGAAUAGGUCUGCGCAAACACGGUUCUCGCCGCCUCCCCCGAGGCGGCUGAGCCCUCCAGCCUGCACCCUGCGCAAGCACAAGACAAACAGGAAGCCCCGGACGCCCUUCACCACGGCACAGCUGCUGGCCUUGGAGAGGAAGUUUCGGCAGAAGCAGUACCUGUCCAUCGCCGAGCGUGCCGAGUUCUCCAGCUCGCUCAGCCUCACCGAGACCCAGGUGAAGAUCUGGUUCCAGAACCGCCGCGCUAAGGCCAAGAGGCUCCAGGAGGCCGAACUGGAAAAGCUGAAGAUGGCAGCCAAGCCCAUGCUCCCGCCCGCUGCUUUUGGCAUCUCCUUCCCGCUGGGCGGCCCGGCUGUGGCCGGUGCCUCUUUGUACGGCACCUCCAGCCCUUUCCAGCGGGCAGGGCUGCCUGUGGCUCCUGUGGGACUGUACACAGCACACGUGGGAUACAGCAUGUAUCACCUCACAUAGAGCCUGAGCCUUGCUGAGUCCAGCCCGCUGGCUGUCUGUUCCCGCUGAUGACACAUGCGCUCCCUCCCUGCUCUUCUCUGUGGACUUCCCCAUGGACCCUGUGGCAGAGACUCCUCCAGUCCAGCUCUGCUUGACCUCUCUGCUUUCCUCUCUGACGCUGGGCCCCUGGCCCAACACUGUUCUGCUCUCCUCAGCAGUCCUGGGGAGCUGGCAGAAGCCUGAAGCAUCGCCCCAGCUCCUUCCUGACACAGGGUGUUGAUGGGCCAACCCUGCUCUGUGUCCCUGGGGUCCAGCUGGCAGCCUGGAGAGAGUCCCCUGCAUGGGGUAAGGAACUGUGGAAGAGAAACAGAAAAAGGGGACUGAAAGACAGGACGUUUCUCUUACUUUCUGCAAGGCGAGGUCAAGAGGCAGAAGUGUAGAGCAGCCUCUCCUGUCCCUGUGUAACAGCGCUGUCUGUUACCUGUCUUUGUUCCUCCGCCAGCUCCUUUGGAAGGGGCUCUGUGUACUAUGUAAUAUACUGUAUAUUUGAAAUUUUAUUAUCGUUUAUAUUAUAGCUAUAUUUGUUAAAUAAAUUAAUUUUAAGCUAC